AACAUGGCGGAGGGGAAAGGAGGAUUAUUUGCGAAACGUCUCCAAAAACAGAUUGUGAGGGCCAAAGCAAAGGUGUUGCAGAACCUAGGCAAGGCAGAGAAAACCCGGGAUGAAGAGUUCGAUGUACACGUGAACAACUUCCACAAACAACAGCAUGAUGCCACUCGGCUACAGAAAGAACUCAAGAAAUACAUUGACUGUGCGAAAGAAAUGUCUCAUGCCAACAAGGCAUUCUACGAAGUACUGACUGAAGUUUAUGAAUCUGAAUGGGUCGACAAGUCUGUGGUGCAAGAAUGUGGCCAGUCAUUGGAACUACUCUGGAUGGACUACAUUCAAAAGCUAACAGAGCAAGUCAUGGCCCCUCUCAAUAAAUAUAUUGCCACAUUUCAAGAAACCAAGACUAAAAUCUCAAAACGCGGACGCAAACUGGUCGACUAUGACAACUCGCGGCAUAACGUUGACGAACUGCUGAACCAGAAGAAGAAGGAUGAAUCAAAGCUGGCCAAGUCACAUGAGGAUCUAGAAUCAGCCAAACGGAUAUUUGACGAAUUAAAUGAUGACUUGCACAACGAAUUACCGAAUUUAUACGACAAAAGAAUCCAAGUUUAUUCGGAGAAUUUUACUAAUCUCUACGACAGUGAGACAACGUUUCAUGUGGAAGCAGGAAAGUUAAAAGCUCAAUUACAAGAAGCAAUGGAAAAACUUAAUAGAGAAUUUGACAAGGGUUCCUACGGAGUGAAACGGUCACCGAGUCAUGUGUCCUCGAUGAGCAAUAGAUCGUCCAAGUCGAACGAAAACAGUCCAAAUUUGAGCAAGUUUUAUAAUGUGAACAUUCCUGACAGUGAUAAAGAGUGCGAUUCCGACAGCAUUGCUGCGUCAAAUGAUGAUGAGCAGCUUGACGAUUCAGACUCCGAGCAUACGUCAAGCGAAAAAGACCAUUCAGAUAAAAUUGUGACGACGGUUACUAAUGACAAAGGUCGGGACACUCUGACAGAAGAAUCUAGAUAUGAACCUGUGGAGGUCAGAAAAGAUAACGAAACGCCAACAAAACAAGAUGAAAGCAAGAGAAUAUCUGACGUGUCAGAUGAUGCCCCUAAGCCGGCCGACACCCACGACGACGGUGCCAAUGGUAUAUCCAGUGUAUACGAUACAGCGAGGUCUACGGAUGAUGAACGUGAUGAUGAUUUGUAUCAAGUGCCAGGUUCAAAUAAGGAAGUAGAGUUGCCCGAUGGUGUGGAGUACAUGGUUAUAGUAAGCCAUAGCUAUGAAGCAGGUGAUGAAGAUGAACUGGCUUUAGAACCGGGUGAUAUUGUCUAUGUUGUGCCAUUCGAAAAUCCAGAAGAACAGGAUGACGGCUGGUUAUCUGGUUACAAGAAAGACCACCCUGAUGAACGAGGUGUAUUCCCACAGAAUUUUACUAAAAGACUUUGAGGAAGUUGAAGUUGGCGUUCAAGAAUGUAUCAUAUUCAAAGACUGUACAUUUCAUUGUACAUAGAGAACUUGAAAUGAAAAGUAGCCAAUGAAGGAAGAUUUGUGAAAUUUGAACAUUUCAUGCAUCACUCUGUGGACACUUACUACCACCGGCAGUUCCAAGUGUUGCAUGGCCACAUGUGUGAAGAUAGAUUCCCCGAAGUCCUGAGAAGGGGUUCGCUCUGUUUAUUUUCAUUUGAUAUGGUAAUCUCAUAUUAGCAGAGGAAUACAAAUUUGGACAUUCAUUAGUAAUUUCAAAUAGAACUUAAACGAAUUAGCUUAUAUGUAUGAUAUUAUAGAAUUUUAUUAUAUUCGCAUGAGCAUGCUGUAGGUUAGUUUUUUAUGAAGAAAUAGAUUUUGUCUGCAAGAUUUUCUUUUUAUACAAUAUAUUAUGUCAUUUGCAUCAAAUGAAUACUGAGGGUAUACAUUAUUUGUCUGUUAUUUUCAUCUGCUGAUAGAACUUAGUGGUGGCUGACACAGACUUGUGGAUGCCUUGUGCUAAAAUAUUUUGAACCCUGCAGGAUCAAAUUCUACCUUCAAAUACUUUUCAUAAGAAAAAACAGACAACAAUAUUGAUGUCAUCUCAUGAUCUGUCAGGUUUGGCAUGUAGGGCAGAGUGGUACACUUAUAACUCCAGUAUCGUUGGGAAAUCGGCUGGGAGUACACACUAGUAGUAAUGCAUGUACAUGUAAAGGCUAUAAUUGUAGCGGGGCAAUAAUUGUACCACAAAAAUACCUCAAUGUCUUGUGUUCUUUGUACAGAAUGAAACUUCACCACAAUGAUUUAAUAUAAAUAAUCUUGUUUUUUUUGCAAUGUUUUGUGUGUAAAAUGAAGAGAAAAAUUCACACCAAAUUCGAUAAAUUCAAAAUAAUCUUGAAUAUAAUGAAUUUCUACCAUAAAAUAUAUGGUCAUAACUAAUAUAUUUGUACAAAGGUGCUAGGUGCUGUUGUAGACAUUUCCUGUCGAUGCCAUGCCAAAUAUCAUUUGAGCUAUUGCGUGAAGUCAUGCGGCAGGGAAAGAUCUAAUGCAACACAGAUAACAGAGGUCAUAUGUUAGGGAUAAGUAUUCUGAUAUGCAAUUAUGUAAUGUAUGCCAAAAUAUGUAGUGCCAGUUUCAUGAAACACAUGCUUCUGUAUAUUUUCAAAGACAUAGUUUAGUUGAAACGUUUGGUGUCAUUUUACAUGUAGGACUGAAGAGACAACGUCUGAAUUCCAUUCACUUGGCAUGACUGUAAAUAAACCUUGACUCUUUGGUAUGCAGUUAUAUUGAGGUAGCAAAGUCUCCUUUGGUCUGUUUCAUUCAGGCCAAGCCAAGUCUGAUUAGUUUCCAUCACCACCACUACCAUGUAUCAAUUGAAUAUCUGACCCAGGGGUCUCUUUUCUGAAAAUGUUUAUGGCAAAGGUACCGUAUAUUUGUUGCUGAUCUUAGAACAUGACACUUUGAUUCAGUUUAACCAGGUUAAGAAUAUUAUGUGCUUUCUAUGGUUCUUGUUGAAUUGGAACUAAAUUCUCUGUUGCCGCCAAAAUGCUUUGCCAUUUUCUUAGAUACUUUUGUAGUAAUAUGAGCGUUUGUACAUGUACAUGUACAUGUACAUGUAAAUCUUCUUUUUCUCAACACCUAAUGCAACCUACAUUUAUGUAUGAUAAUUCUCCACGACUUGGCAACAACAAAAAACGGGCAUUAGGCCUCCGUGCACCAGGGGGAGAACAAAAGGUGUUCAUUGAAGUGAUGUUAGGACUUCCCAGCAGCAGAUUCAACUAUGUGCAUGAAGAUGGGAAUUACACCUUUGAAAACAUUUGCUUGGCGAUGUAUGGCCAUUACGAUGAAUUAGUGUAACUUGUGAUAAUACGGUAUGUAUAGUGAUAUACUUUUUAAAGUACAUGUCAUAAUAAAGCUAUAACAGUAUCUCAA